AUGUAAUUGUGUUAUUUGACCAAAACUGGCAAAUCGGAUGCAACCCUAAUUGAAUCCAAGCAAGCAGGGAAGGGGAGUAUUAUUAUUUGAUACGAAAUACAAAGCUCUUCAAAACCCAAACAACAACCGUACUGCACAACUCCACCACUGUGCAAUGGCCGACGAGGAACCUGUUGAUCAGAAGAGAUAUCUUGAAGAGUCUUGCAAACCAAAAUGUGUAAAACCAUUACUAGAAUACCAGGCGUGCAUUAAAAGGAUACAUGGUGAUGAAUCUGGGCAGAAACACUGCACUGGACAAUAUUUUGAUUAUUGGUCUUGUAUUGACAAAUGUGUUGCACCGAAGCUAUUCACCAAACUGAAGUAAAUCGGGAAGGAUUUGAUGGCUAUCAUUGCAUUCUGUUCUGUUUUCAUUCCCAAAUAACUUCGUCUAAACAUUCGAUGUUAUAAUAUCCAAACUAUAUGCCCUAUAUGGUUAUUCUUGUGUUUACCGUGAAGUUUUGAGCCUGUGGAGACCUUAGAGUAUGAUUAAUAAGAACAUUAUGCCAAAUUUUUACUUCCGAGAUUUGGAAGGAUGUAUUUUGGAUGGAUCCAACGUUGUUAUUGAGUUUUGAAAUAAGUUCUGAAGUGUGGAUUUUUGUAUUUUCUGUUUACUUGGCUGGCUAAAAACGUAGCCCUGCACCAAAAAAUAGUCCUCCGAUUACAUCUAAUCGAAUCAAACUGUAGUUGGCAUUUCA